AUGGACGGGCUGCCCGGUCGGGCGCUGGGGGCCGCCUGCCUUCUGCUGCUGGUGGCCGGCUGGCUGGGGCCCGAGGCCUGGGGCUCUCCCACGCCCCCCCCGCCGCCCCCGCCGCCCGGAGCUCCCGGCGACUCGCAGGACACCUGUACGUCGUGCGGCGGCUUUCGGCGGCCGGAGGAGGUGGGCCGGGUGGACGGUGACUUCCUGGAGGCGGUGAAGCGGCACAUCUUGAGCCGCUUGCAGAUGCGCAGCCGGCCCAACAUCACGCACGCCGUGCCCAAGGCCGCCAUGGUCACGGCUCUGCGUAAGCUGCACGCGGGCAAGGUGCGCGAGGACGGCCGCGUGGAGAUCCCGCACCUCGACGGUCACGCCAGCCCGGGCGCCGACGGCCAGGAGCGCGUCUCCGAAAUCAUCAGCUUUGCCGAGACAGAUGGCCUCGCCUCCUCCCGGGUCCGCCUGUACUUCUUUAUCUCCAACGAAGGCAACCAGAACCUGUUUGUGGUCCAGGCCAGCCUGUGGCUUUACCUGAAACUCCUGCCCUAUGUCCUGGAAAAGGGCAACCGGCGGAAGGUGCGGGUCAAGGUGUACUUCCAGGAGCAGGGCCAUGGUGACAGGUGGAAUGUGGUGGAGAAGAAGGUGGACCUCAAGCGCAGUGGCUGGCACACUUUCCCGCUCACGGAGGCCAUCCAGGCAUUGUUCGAGCGUGGUGAGCGGCGCCUCAACCUGGAUGUGCAGUGCGACAGCUGCCAGGAGCUGGCCGUGGUGCCAGUGUUCGUGGACCCUGGUGAGGAGUCACACCGGCCCUUUGUGGUGGUGCAGGCCCGGCUGGGUGACAGCAGGCACCGCAUUCGCAAGCGAGGCCUAGAGUGCGACGGCCGGACCAACCUCUGUUGCAGGCAACAGUUCUUCAUCGACUUCCGCCUCAUUGGCUGGAAUGACUGGAUCAUCGCACCCACUGGCUACUACGGGAACUACUGUGAGGGCAGCUGCCCGGCUUACCUGGCAGGGGUCCCCGGCUCGGCCUCCUCCUUCCACACGGCUGUAGUGAACCAGUACCGCAUGCGGGGCCUGAACCCUGGCACGGUGAACUCCUGUUGCAUCCCCACCAAGCUGAGCACCAUGUCCAUGCUUUACUUCGAUGAUGAGUACAACAUCGUCAAGCGGGACGUGCCCAACAUGAUUGUGGAGGAGUGCGGCUGCGCCUGAUGGUGGCAGGCAGGGGCAUGGCAGUGGGGCACAGAGGACAGCCUCUAGGGAACAGGGGAUGCACUGCGGGCUGAGCGAGUUCAUUCCGUUGGGCUGCAGAGAUAGUGCCAGGGUGAGGCCUGCAAUAUUUUUCUACUUCAUAGAGCAACCAGUCUCCAACCAGAGUGAGAACCUGCAACUGACAUGAAAUACUUUAAAAUGCAAACGUAGCCACGCACAGCCAGACGCAUCCUGCCACCCACACAGCAGCCUCCAGGAUACCAGCAAAUGGAUGCGGUGACAAAUGGCAGCUUAGCUACAAAUGCCUGUCAGUUGGAGAGAAUGGGGUUAGCAGCCACUAUUCCCACCAGCUGGCCCGGCCACUCUGAAUCGCGCCUUCCAAGCACACAUAAAAGCACAAAGACAGAGACACUGAGAGAGAGAGAGGGACGGAGAGUGCCACGGACAGGAGACCCAGACGGGUGGGGAACGUGCGGGCAGGCAGAGGGCUGCAUGUCCCCUUGGCUUGUACCAGGCCUGCUCUGAGACCUCAGCAUCUCCUGGCUCAAACAUGUCUGCUUUCUCCGCUGCCUGGGAUCCUUCAUGCUCUAAUGCCAGAGAAGCCUGUCCUCAUAGAGAGAAGGAGGCCCAUAAAGGACACAACCUGUCAGAGACCAUGAAGCAGGGGCAAUGACCGCUUGACUGUCACUGGGUCCCUGAUAUGACUUGUGUGUGUGUUUAUUUUGGGGAUUGGGAGGGAGAGGCGAAGGGUCUUAAUUUGAUGCUUUAACUGAUCUCCAACAGUCUGACAGGUCAUUUGUGUCAGUUGUUUAUCUGAAAAGGGACUUUUUUUUUUUUUUUUUUUUAACCAGGUAAUGACCUUUUAAGUUAAAAUCUGAAUUGAUCUAAAUGGGAAGGAAAAAAGUUGCAAUCUCUGCCCUUCAUUGGGGACAUUCCUCUAGGACUGCUUGGGGGAGGGAUGGGAAUGACCCCCAGGCAAGGGGAUG